CUGUCUGUUUGCUUAAUAUCAUGUGAAUGCAGAUUCUGGUAUGUAGGAUUACAAAUGUGAGUGCAGAUUCUGUGCGAGUCCUGCCCAAUUAUUCAAACAUUGCGAUAACGACUCCAAUAGCAUCUACAACAUUGUUAAAUAUAUUAAGGUCAGUCUCUGUUUAUGAUCAAAUCCAACAACUCUUUGAUUAUCGAGUUGACGAAAGUUGGCGUCGUCGCUUCACUUACCGCUUCAUCGCUUCAUCUCUUCGAUCAACUCUCAUACUCUUCAAUCGCUUCAAAGUCUUGCGAUCUGUUUCCGAGCGAUCCGGACUGUCUUCAUGCGUUCGUCUUUCAUCUUCGAAAUUCAAAUUUAAGAGUUUUCUAUUGGAGAAGGGGGUUGACCUUUGGAUUAGGCUGUUGUAUUGAUUGCUGUUGCUCGACCGACAGAGAGAAGUUCUGUUUUAGCUCCGGUUCCAAAUUUUUUUGAUAGCGAAAUUGCUCCUCAAGAGUCUUCCCAUACAAAAUCUAAUUGUUAGCCUUUCAUGCCGUCAAAUGAUGUCGAUUAGCUAGAAGGGAUGCUGCAUAAGCUUUCCGUUCAGUCUGAGAGGACCUUUAGUAGCAGAUUACACAAGUGUACACAUACAAUCAAAAGUUUCAAUCCCAGUCUCCGCAUUACUCAAUAGUUCAAGGUCUUUGAUUGACUAGAAGGCCGGUUAACACCAGAAACCACAACACCACCAACAACUACUUCACCUUAGCAAAACUGAAUUCCAUUAAUUUGCAAAGAAGAGAUCGAUCAUGGCUUUGGCGGUGGUAGGUGGAGCCGUUCUCUCCGGUUUCUUCCAGCAAGUAUUUGUGAAGUUGGAUUCUCUGGAUGUCAAGAACUUCAUCCGGGGAAAGAAACGGACCGGUGGGUUACUAAACAAGUUGGAGACCAUGUUGCUGUAUCUUAAUGCCGUUUUUGAUGAUGCUGAAAACAAGCAAAUUAGUAACUCAGGUGCGAGGCAGUGGCUGAAUAAGCUUAAAGAGGUAGUCCAUAAUGCAGAGGACCUGUUGGAUGAGAUCAAGACAGAAGCGUUAAGGCGGAAAAUAGAAGCUGAAUUUGGAAGUAGCACAAGCAAGGUACAAGACCUCAUAUCUGCUUCUUUUCAUGCUUUUGAGGAGUCAGUGGACUCGAAGAUAGAGGAUAUUCUUGAGAGGCUAGGCUCCAUUGUAGAACAAAAAGAUGCCUUUGGUUUGAAAGAAGGUGGAAAUCACAGAAUCUUUCAAACACUACCUUCAACUUCUUUGGGUGAAGGCUCUGAUGUGUAUGGAAGAGCUCAUGACAAAGAAGACAUCAUUAAAUUGUUGCUGUCAGAUGACGUUGCUGACAGUAAGAUAGGCGUCAUUCCGAUCGUGGGGAUGGGUGGGAUCGGAAAGACCACCCUUGCUCAACUCUUGUACAACGAUGAUAGAGUGAAGCAACAUUUUGAGCUCCAAGCAUGGGUUUGUGUUUCUGAUGAAUUUGACGUUGUUAAGAUCACACAAACAAUUUAUGCAUCAGUCACUUCACAAACUCAUGAUACCACAGACCUGAACCAGCUUCAAGUUAAACUCAAAGAUGCUCUGGUGGGGAAGAAGUUUCUUUUUGUUCUUGAUGAUGUUUGGAACGAGAAUUACAAUAUUUGGGAUUCCUUAAGGCGCCCCUUCGAGUAUGGGGCUCAUGGAAGUAAGAUCCUUGUCACCGCACGGAAUGAUGGUGUUGCAUCUACGAUGGGUACUUUUCCAACCCACCAUUUAAAGCACUUACUUGAGGAAGACUGUUGGUUUUUAUUUGCACAACAUGCCUUAAAAAAUGCAACUGUUGAUAUGGAUCCAAAUCUUGAAGUAAUUGGAAGGCAAAUCGUUAGCAAGUGUAACGGUCUUCCUUUAGCUGUGAAAUCACUUGGUGCUCUCUUACGCUCUGAAUCAAACGUGGAGGAAUGGGAAAAUGUACUCAAAAGUGAAAUAUGGGAGUUGUCAGAUACAAAGACGGACAUUAUGCCUGCACUAUGGCUAAGCUACCAGUACUUGUCUCUGGUGUUGAAGCGUUGUUUUGCCUAUUGUUCAAUACUUCCCAAAGAUUAUGAAUUUCGCAAGUCUGAAUUAGUUUUGUUGUGGAUGGCUGAAGAUCUUUUACAACCCCAAAAGAAGACUUUGUUAGAAGAUGUUGGAGAGAAAUACUUUGAUGACCUAAUCUCACGGUCAUUUUUUCAGCACUCGUCGUCAAAUAACAGUUUCAUCAUGCAUGAUCUGAUUCAUGAUUUGGCGACGUAUGCAUCCGGAGAAUUUUGCAUUAGUUUGGAAGACCACGACUUCACAUUGGGCAAUGUGAGCAAGGGUCGUCAUUUCUCUUGUAUGGAAUCGUCUAAUGUUGAUUUCAAGAGAUAUGACACUAUUUUUGAAGCUAAGUAUCUGCGCACCUUCAUUCUAGGCAACCUCUAUUCAUUGCCGACAGUACAGCUUGAUCUCCUUUUAAUGCUACAAUGUUUAAGAGUUCUCAAACUACGUGUCGAGGAGUUGCCUGAUUCGAUUAGAAACUUGAGGCAUCUACGGUACCUUGACUUGUGUGACACUCUAAUCCAGAAAUUACCAGAUACGGUAUGCAGUUUGUGUAAUUUGCAAACAUUAUUGUUGUCGAAUUGUCGCCAUCUUGUUGAGUUGCCCACUGAUUUGAGAAGACUAAUCAAUUUGCGCCAUCUUGAUAUAAGAAGUACGGUGAUAAAAAAGAUGCCACUCCACAUGGGCAAAUUGAAAGAUCUCCAGACAUUUAGAGGUGAAUUUGUUUUAGACAAUGAUACUGGAGGAAACAUUGCUGACCUAAAGGGGUUUGAGCAAUUGCGUGGGAAACUACAUAUUUCAGGGCUUCAAAAUAUUGUACAUGCUGAGGAUGCUUUGGAAGCCAAACUGAGGGACAAGAAACGUCUCAGAAAAGUAAUUUUCAAAUGGGAAGGUGACACUAUCGAUUCUCAAAACAAUAGAAGAGUGCUGUGCAACCUGCAGCCCCAUACAAACGUGAAAGUACUUACAAUAGAAGGAUAUGGUGGUACAACGUUUCCAAGUUGGUUAGGAGAUGGGUCUUUCUCUAAUCUUAUCAAUCUCCGACUUGUGGCUUGCGGAUAUUGUUUUUUCCUGCCAGCAUUAGGGCAGCUACCCUCCCUCAAAAGGCUUGAAAUUGAUGUGUUGAAUGGAGUGGAAUCAGUGGGCUCUGAGUUUUAUGGGGGAAUUAAACCUGCAUUUAGAUCUUUGGAGGUUCUGAGAUUCUGCAAUAUGCAGGAAUGGCAAGAGUGGUAUUUCCGUGGAGAGGAUGAAGAAGAAGGUAGAGAUUUUCCUAAUCUUCGUGAGCUUAGUCUGGAGAAGUGUCCCAAACUAACGGGGAAAAUACCGUUAGACUACUUCCCAAGACUUGAGCAGCUAAGUUUGCAGGAAGUUAAUAUCGAAUCCCUUGCUUGUUCGCAAGGAUGCAAUAAUUUCAGUAUUGAACUCCCAUCCCUCCUUAAGUUGGAAAUAUCAGAUUGCCCAAAUAUGGUAUGUUUUGUGGGUAGUGGAGUGCUGCUUGCGGCCAACUUGAAGGAGAUAUCUAUGUCCAGGUCUAAAAACUUGUGGUCAGUGCCAGCAGAGAUGCAAAUCUCUCUCUCAUCUCUUCGGUCCCUGUUCAUACAGAUGUGUGAAGAAUUUAAAUCAUUUCCGGAAGAAUCUACAUUCCCAUCCCUUGAUGUUUUGAAGAUAAAGGGAUGCCCAGAAUUUGUGGGUUUCCCCCAUGAAGGACUGCAAGCGCCCAACUUGAAGAUGAUGGAAAUCUAUGAAUGUAACAAAUUCAUGUCACUGCCAGGGGAGAUGCAUACACUUCUCCCAUCUCUCGAGUCUUUGUUCAUAUUUGAAUCUCCAGAAUUGGAAUCAUUUCCGGAAGGGGGAUUGCCGUCUAAAUUGCGUUCACUCAGAAUCUGGAGUUGUAAAAAACUGAUGGCAAACCGUAUGCGGUGGGGUCUGCAAACAAUCACCUCUCUCAAACACUUGCAUGUCAAAUUCUCAGAAUGUGAAGAAUAUAUUAUCGAAUCAUUUCCAGAAGAGGGGCUGCUGCCAACCACUCUCACUUCUCUCAAAAUCUCCCAUCUUCCGAAUCUGAAAGCCAUUGAUGGCAAGGCGUUAAGACACCUCAUCUCCCUCAAGGCGUUGGAGAUUUCUUUUUGUCCUCAACUCCAGAGCUUGCCAGACGAAGGGCUACCCACUUCUCUUUCUCGUCUACUGAUCUCAGGAUCCCCUUUGCUAAAAGAUCGGUGCCAGAGAGACACGGGAGAAGAUUGGGCCAAGAUUUCUCACAUCUCCGAAGUAAUAAUUGAUGUGCAAUGGUACUCGUGUCCCAUACAAACGUGAAAGUACUAGUGAUAGAAAGAUACGGAGGUACAAUAUGGUUAGGAGAUGACUCAUUUGUUCUCUCAUCUUGUCACUCUUCGACUUGUGGCUUGUGAAUAUUGUUUUUCAAUACCAGCAUUGGGAUAGCUGCCAUCUCUCAGAGGCUUGAAAUUGAUGGUUAAAUGGAGUGGAAUUGUUUCAGUGUUGUUCUACUCCCUCUUUUUUUGCUGUCUUUGUGUCUUAUGGCGGUUAUUUUGUAUGACAGUAGUCUUUGGUGAGCAAAAGCUUCGAAAUAUGAAAAACUCUGCUGACGAGAUGGACAGACAAUUCUUAUCAGUGCCAAGGGAGUCACCAUGUUAAUUCACAAUUUUCCAGUCCUAGAGAACGAGCUUUAAAGUUUUAACAAGUUUAUGAGCUCAAGUGUUCAAAUUUCCUUUUUCAAGUUUGUUUUCAAAUAAUGUCUAUUGAGAGGUAGAUUUUGGUACUUUGUGGAAUGUGAGUUCAGACGUUUGGUUUGAAAAAUAUGGAUGAUGAUUUUGUCUCUGAAAUUGUGAAUCUAUGAUCAUGUAUUAAUGUUGUAAGACCAGAUGAAUCCUUAAUAUAUCUUUCAAGUUGAAAUGGAACAGCCUUAUCUUCA